CCCUGCUGCAGGCUUGGGUUUGUCGCUCAACUUCCAGCCCUCGCUCAUCAUGCUCAACCGUUACUUCAACAAGCGGCGCCCCAUCGCCAACGGGCUGGCGGCGGCAGGCAGCCCCGUGUUCCUGUGCGCCCUGUCCCCGCUGGGGCAGCUGCUGCAGGACCACUACGGCUGGCGCGGGGGCUUCCUCAUCCUGGGCGGCCUGCUGCUCAACUGCUGCGUGUGUGCCGCGCUCAUGCGGCCCCUGGAGGCGCCCCGGGCGGGGGCGGGGGGGCCCGGGCCUCAGAGGCCAGCCAGGCGGCUGCUGGACCUGAGCGUCUUCAGGGACCGCGGCUUCGUCAUCUACGCGGCGGCCGCCUCCAUCAUGGUGCUGGGGCUCUUCGUGCCGCCCGUGUUCGUGGUGAGCUACGCCAAGGACCUGGGCGUGCCGGACACGCGGGCCGCCUUCCUGCUGACCGUGCUGGGCUUCGUGGACAUCUUCUCCCGCCCCGCCGCCGGCUUCAUCGCAGGGCUCCCCAAGGUGCGCCCCUACUCCGUCUACCUCUUCAGCUUCGCCAUGUUCUUCAACGGGUUCACUGACCUCACGGGCUCCACGGCCAGCGACUACGGGGGCCUGGUGGUCUUCUGCGUCUUCUUCGGCAUCUCCUACGGCAUGGUGGGCGCCCUGCAGUUCGAGGUGCUCAUGGCCAUCGUGGGCACCCACACCUUCUCCAGCGCCAUCGGCCUCGUGCUGCUGCUGGAGGCCAUAGCCGUGCUCAUCGGGCCCCCGUCCGGAGGCCGCCUCCUGGACGCCACGCAUGUCUACCAGUACGUGUUCAUCCUGGCCGGGGCCGAGGUGCUGGCCGCCUCCCUGGUGCUGCUGCUCGGCAACUUCUUCUGCAUCGGGAGGAGGCCUGCGGGGGCCACCAAGGAGGGCGAGAGCCCCAAGCCCCCUGCAGACCACAGGGACAACAGGGACGGGGUGGACUCAAGGGAGGUGGAGCACUUCCUGAAAGCGGAGCCUGAGAAGAAAGGGGAGGUGGCUCACACCCCGGAAACCAGCGUCUGAGCGCGGAGCGGCGGCGCGCAGGGAACCGGACGGAGGCUGUCAAGGUUCAUAUUUAUUUCACAAACAGGACUAUCUCAGGCUGGGGGGCCCCCAGCAGGGGAUCGUCACCUGAUCAGUUUCUCGGGGGAGGUGGCGGGUGGGAACCGUGUCAUUCCAAAGCAGAUCUGUGGUGAAGCCAAGCCCCAGGUUACAAGCCGUCGGCACCCGGCACCCGGCCUGCUGACCCCAAGAGAGCCCGGUGCCCACAGCUGGGCUCAAGGACCUAGAAACCCACCCUUCGGAGACUUUAAUCAGAGGGUGGGGCCAGGCCCUCCCUCCCUGACUGCACCCACCAUGCCCUUCGCCACCCUGAGUGUCUGGGGACAGCUCCCUUCUGCUCCCCUGGUGUCUGGAAUAAACCUGCGUGUAGGAGGAGC